UCAUGAUAAGCAUGCACAUAUCUGCGUAGGAUAAAUGAGCAGCUUUUAAGACAGAAACUCAGUCUGUUCAGAGUGACGGCAGCUCGAUUACUGCUGGUAUUUUACUAAAACUACUUCUGACAGAGUUGGGAUACCAGACACAGGUGAGGUACGUUCAAGAACCCUGAUAUGAACUGGAACGUAUGGGUUAUUCAACACCUGCUUGCAUCGCUUCUCUUUAAGGCAGCCUUUUCAUUUGAGUUUCAGGUUACUGUCCCCCGCGGCCACGUUGUAGCAGCCCAGGGACAGCAGGUCGUCCUGCCCUGCAGCUUCACAGUGAGCGGCAGCCUGGGCAGCUUGGUGGUCACCUGGCAGAGGGGGCAGGAGGUGGUCCACAGCUUCUAUCACGGGAGAGGCCAGCUGGACCGCCAGAGCCGUCGCUAUGCCAACAGAACCAGCCUGAUGCACUCCGACGUGGAGCGGGGGGAUUCCUCUCUGCGUCUGGAGCGCAGCAACAUGGAGGAUGAGGGAGACUACACCUGCUCUGUCAGCACGCUACUGGGGAGCCAGAGGAAAACCUUAUCUUUGAAAGUAGCAGCACUGUACGCAGAACCACAUUCAAACUUGAAAGUAUCUCCCAGCGGCUUGGAGCUGCUGUUGACUUCACACGGAGGACGCCCUGCCCCCUGCGUUCAGUGGCUGGAUGACAGAGGAGAGGACAUCACCAACCACACAAGCACACUCGUCAGGCAGGACACAGAGGGACUGUUUACAGUGUCCAGCAACCUGACUCUGCAGACAGCCAGCUCCAGGAGCCUCACCUUCAUCUUGCAGAACAGGAUCCUGGGCCAGGUGAUCAGGAGAGACUUCACACUAGACACAGGUAUUGGUGCCAAGUCAUCACGGAACCAUGACAGAGACAGAUGGGGGGUUGCGUUAUACCUUGUGAUAUUCCUUGUGAUAAUCAUCUUCUUACAAGCAACAGCAUUAAUAUUACAGAGAAGAAACUUAGACCAAAGAAAACCAACAGCAUUGAGAACAGAACAUGUUUAAACACCAAAGGAAACCCUAAUGUUCUAUAGUGCUGUUACAUGGAAUGCACUGAAAAUUUGACUAACUUGUGACUGAAUUCAAAAUUCAUUUCAAAUGGUCAUAUACCAAACAGCUUGAAGAGGUUAAAUACAUUUUCAUGUUUAUGUUUUGUGUAAAGAAUGCUAUGGAGAGUAUAAUCCUGAAGUAUUUCACUGUCAAGUUCUGAAACUAUAAAUAUUAUUUCAAUGUGUAUUUUUUUUUUUUUCUUGUUUUCAUUUUUAGGCCAGUGGCUUAGAGCUUGUUAUAUUGUUCAGUAUUUAUUCAAAACAAGUUGCCACCAUUCAAGAACACACAUACUCUUUAAUUUGUCAACUAUUUUAUUUCUUCCACAUAACCCAUGUGAGGGAUGACGGACUAGCACCUGCUAGCACCUGGUGACUCAAUCUCCCCCUCUUCCCUGUUUGGCCCAGAGCCCUGAUCCAGUUUGAUGGUGCUGGUAGAGGUGGUGUGCUUUGACACAGGGUCAUAUUUCAUCAGGAAAGAGAAUAUCCUGUUUCAAGUCUGAGUCAUAUUUCUGAAUAACCAACAAGAAAAUUCUUAGACUUGUCACGGUAGAUUUUUAUGUCAUAUGUUUCCUGCUAUAACAGCAGCAUGUAUUGUUCCUUAUAGCAAGCUGGCUUGUUCACAUGAGAUUCUGGAUAAACACCUGAGGACAGGAGGCGCUGAUGCAUUCUAAAUAAACUAAAGACUACAAAAGUA